AUGGCUGAAUUGGUUGGUGAAACCGUGAAGAGUGAAAAUGGAAAUCAAUGUGAGUUUUGAAUUUCAAAGUUUUAGCUGACAUUUUUGCGAUUUUCAGAUGAAAUUCGUCGAUUUUUGGGCGCUGGAGCGUUUGGGCAGAUUUAUGAGGUUCAUAAUGGAGAUGUGAGUUUUUUCGAAAAAAAUGGAGAUUGAAUUGACAAAAACGUAUCCUUCGUAAUUGGAAUUUUGAAUGGAAAAACGAUAUUUUCGCCUGAAAAUCUAGUUUUUGACGAAUAAUUCGCUAUCUGGAAUAAUCAGCAGAAAACUACGCAUCUUUUGAAUAUAAAUUUGAUGUGAAAAGUUCGAAAUUUCGAAGAGCUAACGAAGAUUUUCGUUGAAAAGCCAGUUUCGGAGCAAAAAUCCUCCCAACUUCAUAUUUUCAACCAAAAUCAACAUGUUCCUUUCAGAAACAACCGCUCGCAAUGAAAAUCAAUCGAAAAAUAAAAAUCGAGCAUCAUCGAGCUGAAACCAAUAUCAUGAAUAUGAUUGCGAAGGAAGCAGAAGCAAAGUGAGUUAGAUGAUAAAAUUUUCGGAAGAUCAGUUGCUUUUUUCAGAAACAUUGUGAAGAUACAUGAUUUCGGAGCGCUGAAAAAUGACAAAUCGACAGAAAGUGUAUACGACGGAUAUAUCAUCAUGAAUCUGUUAGGCCCGUCGAUUUUUCAAGUUUUGGAAGCCGAAAAACAUGCUUGCUUUGAAAGUGAGAUUCAUUUUUCACAAUUAGAGGCCAAAAAUCAAUAAUUUUUUUAUAGAUUGCGACAUUCGUCAAAUCGGCCAUCAAGUUUGCACGGCUAUGGAAUAUCUAGAAAGCCGGGGGCUUGUACACCUGGAUUUGAAGCCCGAGAAUGUCUGCUUUGUAAAAAUCAACAAUUCAGUGAAGUCUCGAAGAAGCCAAGGCAAUCAUCGUUUCAUAAAAAUGGAGGAUAAUCAAGUUUGCCUAAUUGAUUUCGGAACAGCAAGAAAAUUCGUUGAAUCAGAAUCAUGGGUUAAUGUCGAUGCGCAAACUCAAAAUUAUCGAGCCAUAGAAGUUUUUCUUGGUCUCGGAUUCAAUGAGAAAUCGGAUGUUUGGUCAUUUGGUUGCCUGUUAUUCGAAAUGUACACCGGACAACUUUUGUUUUUCGGUGAUGAGAAGGAGAAUUCGGAAGAAUCGCAAAUAGAUGUCAUACAAUCGGUUCUUCGAAGAGCGAUUCCGUAUUAUAUGUAUGAAAAAGCUUACGAUGUUGGGUGAGGAUUUGCGGGGGAUUUUUGUUUCAAAAAUUCGUAUUUUUCAGAAGCAAAAAGGUGGCAAUCUCGAAGACGGGACUUAGUUUUCAUCGAUUCAACUACACGCCGCUCUUGGACAUCGAACCGAUUUAUGUGAGUUUUCUAUCCGAGAAAAAUUCCCCCUCAAAAUCAAAAAAAAUUUUUCCAGACAAAUGUACGACACAAUGAUUUGAUCGGAAUACAAUUAUUCAACCUGAUUCUCGAUUGUUUGGAAAUGGACCCAGAAGAUCGUCCGGAGUUCGCGGAUAUCAUCGAAAAUCGAUUUUUUGAUGAUGUUAAUGAGAUUGUCCAAAUUGAUUAA